AGGACGCUCCGAACGUCCGGGUGCGAGUUGUGCUCAAAGCAGCACACGAGCUGGUGCACCGAGAGCCGCAGUCAGCGCGGCAGCCGGACAGCCAGGUUGGCUGCCCAGUCGCGCCCAGCCGCCCCGCCAACAGACCACAAUCUGCCGACUCACCGCGGCAUCGUCCUGAUUGUGCUCACUCACCGCGCAUGCGCCGUCGGUCGCAGGCGUUCCCGCUGUCGUACGCCAGAAGCGGUUUGGGCACGCCUGACGACGGGGAUAGGUGGGGCACCGUCUCCAGCCAUGGCGUCUCCUGUGAGAGUUCUGCUGCUGCUCUUCUGUGGUGUCAUGGGUGUCGAGAGCGCCCGCAUUCUGAUGUUCGUACCCAUCGGCGGAAAAUCGCAGAAGAACAUUUUCUACGGAGUGGGCAAUGCUCUCAGCUCCCGAGGCCAUGAGGUGGUGUUCUUCAACGGGUUCAAACCCUCAUCUCCCGUCAAAGGCAUCAGGGAAGUCGUACCGGACAAACUGGCGAAGAUGUUUGCAGACGACAUGCUUCCGAACAUGUUUAAAAUGAACGAAGAAGGCAUGCAAGCUGGAUUUAAACAGUUCGCAACGUUUUUCUCCGAGGGCCCGAGGACCACAUUAGAGAGUAAAGAAGUCGACGACCUUUUAAAGCAAAAAUUUGAUCUGGUCAUUUUCGGCGCCUUUGGCUAUCCGUUUUACUUCCUGGCGCAUCUGCUCAAAGCACCUUUUAUUUUGUUGACCCCGGUCUCUUACUUUCCAGUUGUCACCAGUCCGUUAGGGACACCAACCCUUCCCGCUCUUCAUCCCAUUCCAUUUAUUGCGUCAAAUGACCACAUGAGCUUUAUGCAACGUGUCCAAAAUGUAGUGGGACAUAUCAUGAUGUUCACUGUACUCCACGUUGUGUACCCAAGGUACGCAGACCGAAUGGUCGCGGAGAAGUUCGGUGCGGGCGUGAUUCCUCCAGCAAGUGAGAUUGAACGCAAUGCCAGCCUUGUCCUGCUCAGCAGCAACCCGAUGAUCGACUACCACAAGCCGUUGCUGCCCAACGUCAUCGAGGUGGGAGGACUGCAUUGCGAAAAGGCCAAACCGCUGCCCAAGGAGGUGACCAGCUUCCUCGGCGACUCACAGUACAUAUUCUUCAGUCUGGGUUCCGUGGUACGUCCCCAGGACAUGUCUGCGGACCAGCGUUCGGCGGUGCUCAACGCCCUCGGUUCGAUGCCGUUCAAGGUCCUGCUCAAGUGGGACACCACAGACCGCACCAACAUACCGGCCAACAUCCUGCCGUCCAAGUGGCUGCCACAGCAGGACAUCCUGGGCGACAGCAAGUGCAGGCUGUUCAUCUCACACGGCGGCUUCGCCAGCGUUCUGGAAGCCCUCUGUCACGGUGUUCCCUUGUUGGCCAUGCCCGUGACAGGAGACCAGCAAUCGAACGCAGCUCACGCCGCCGAUCUUGGCGUGGCCGAGGUCCUGACUUGGGAGAGCCUGACGUCCGAGACGCUGCAGGCGGCCAUCCGCUCCGCCAUGUCUCCCGGGCACCGGGCGGCGUCCCGCUACCGCCAGCAGCUGCUGGCCUCUCAGCCGGUGCCGCCCCGUGACCUGGCCGUGCACUGGGUGGAGCACGUGAUCCGGCACGGCGGCGCGCCGCACCUCAGGUCGGUGGGCGCCGACCUCAACUUCUUCCAGUACUACUCGCUCGACGUGGUCGCCUUCCUGCUGGCGGUACUGGUGCUGGUGCUGAAGCUGCUGGUGGCUCUGGUCAAGUGUUGCUGCCGCUGCCUUUGCAGACGGAACACAGGUCCGGCUCAGACGAAAGCAAAGCGGUCUAAACGUGAUUAAGUUGUGGUAUGCUCCCAGCUCAUUCUCGCAUGCUAGUGCAAGCACCUGGAGGAAUGAUGAUCCCCUACGCGUCACUAACACGUUGAUUUGUCAUUGGGCCUGCUUUAGUCCUCAGAGCACAAUCAAUUUGUGCAUCGGCUUCGGCCGCCUGGGUUCAGCUCCGCGACGAUGGUGUAUAAUUCACGCCACUGGUGGCAUUUCUGCGAAGAUAUAAGCUUUCUUUGUUGACAAUGUUCGCUUGACGAUGGUUCGGGUGCUGCUAGGCACGCAAGGAAUAUACACACUGGUGAUUUUGCACGUUC